GUUUAACUAGUAGGAGGUACCUAUAAAGUUCAAUAUCUUAGAAGGUUCAUUCAUAUGCAUCUCAACUUCUAAUUUCUAAAACCCUCUUUCGUGAAUCGUGAUCUGCAACCAAGCGCGGAAGCGAAGCGGGCAAGCGGGUGGCUAUGACAACCCGCCUACCGGUAUCCAUUACCUAGCACAUCCGAGUCCAAUCAUCCUUUUCUCAUAAGCGCGGCUGCAUCUCGAACGUUGUCUCGAACCAACAUGUCCGGUCUCACGGAAUGGCGCAUUGAGCUUAUAUCGCCUGACGAGCAAGGCUCCCGCUUCUAUUUGGACUAUUAUAAGCCUUUUAGGCUGGCUGCGUUGGAACAAGAUCCUGACGUCUUCGGCUCGACUUACGAUAGAGAAAUCAACUUUGGCAACGACGACUGGCUCAGCCGCAUUAAUAACCCUCUUGUAAAGACCUUCGUGGCCGUGCGUCUGCAUGAUAGAAAGGUUCUAUCCGCUACGUCAUUAAUUGGACCGAUGCCGAACCCGGACCCAGCCAGCAAUCCGUUCCAAGCCAGUUCCGAAAUGAGAGAUGGCAGCGAUCAUCAUCACCGGAAUCACGGUGAGGCCUCAUCUGUAUAUUUCCAGAUCACCGGUGUUUACACGCUGCCAGAGGCUCGACGCCAAGGUCUCGCUAAAAUACUAGCUGAGACCGCAAUACAAGAGGCGUUCGCUUAUUCUAAGCAGCAUGGCAAACGCCUCGAGCUGAGCCUCGUCGUGUAUACGUCAAACGGCGAUGCGAUAUCAUUCUACGAGAGCUGCGGCUUCGUAACCAGCCCAGAAGGGGCAAGGAAAUCUUUUAACCCUCACAAGAACGCUUCUGCCGACGAAAUUUGUAUGCAUUACCAGAAGUCCCCUGAAUGACACUUUUUUCUCCCUUCUAUCAACCCCUUAAAAAAGUAAAAUGAAGAUUACUCCAGAGAUCUUCUUUAGAUGAUCCGCUUAUGGCUCAACUAGCCGUCCAUUCUGACCAACUGUAGACGGCGCCCCGUCUAGUAGGGCUUGGCAAUACAGUCAAAAAGGGCAGCUUGUGACGUUCGAGUCCCCUGGAUUGGCUCGCGAGCGGGCCGAGUAAUUAAAGAUCGCCUAAAGGCUGCCCCCAAAACCGACAGAGAUUAUCGUCUGGCACGCCGAUAAUCCUAGUUCGCGAUGUUUCAUAC